CUUAUAUAAAAAAUAUAAAUAUAUAUUUGUGCUAUAUCUUUGAGAUAAUGUCUUAUGGGCAUCAUGAGAUUUAUGUUCGACGGGCAUGGAUGUAUCAGCAUAAAGAUUCAAAUGGAAUGGUGACGUCGGAGUUUGUUGAUGGACUAGAAGAAUUCUUGGAGAAUGGAAAUCAGAUGUCAUUGACGCAGGAAAGUGGUGAGAUACCUUGCCCAUGUCGAAAAUGCAAAAAUGGUAAACAUUUUUCUGUAAGAGUCGUCGGAAAGCAUUUAUAUAAUAGGGGAUUUAUACCAAAUUAUUAUGUAUGGUUUUGGCAUGGUGAGGCAAAUAUGGUGAAUGCAUCGUCUAGUGGUACUAGUUUUCAGCAUGUAGAAGAACCUCAUAUAAAUUUUGAGCAUCAGUUUGAUUAUGAUCAUCAAAGUCAUACUAGGUUUCAUGAUAUGGUCCACGAUGCAUAUCAUGAGACAUCAACAUUAUCUGAUAACAUUGAAGAACCAAAUGUAGAUGCUCAACAAUUUUAUAAUAUGUUAGAUGCUGCAAAUCAACCACUCUACGAUGGAUGUAGAGAAGGAUUAUCUAGAUUAUCACUAGCAUCUAGGAUGAUGAACAUUAAAACAGAUAAUAACUUAUCUGAGGUUUGCAUGGAUUCAUGGGCUGAAUUGAUAAGCGAGAUUUUGCCAGAGGAUAAUUUAGCUGCUGAGUCAUAUUAUGAGAUACAAAAGUUGGUAUCAAGUCUUGGGUUGCCUUCAGAAAUGAUAGAUGUCUGCAUUGAUAAUUAUAUGAUAUUCUGGAAAAAUGAUGAUCAGUUGCAGGAAUGUCGAUUUUGUGGGAAGCCAAGAUAUAAGCCGAGUACAGGGCGAACAAAAGUCCCGUACCAUCGAAUGUGGUAUCUUCCAAUAACGGAUAGGCUUAAACGGCUUUAUCAUUCAGAGAGAACAUCCGCGUCAAUGAGAUGGCAUGCCGAACAUUCACGUAUAGAUGGAGAGGUCACACAUCCAUCAGAUGCAAAGGCUUGGCAACAUUUUAACACGUAUUCUUUGUGGCCGGUAAUCGUUACACCAUACAAUCUACCGCCAGAUAUGUGUAUGCAACGGGAAUUUUUAUUCUUGAGUAUUUUGGUGCCUGGUCCUAAGCAUCCUAAACGUUCUCUUGAUGUUUUUCUACAGCCUUUGAUCUAUGAGUUACAACAACUUUGGUAUACUGGAGUUAGUACAUUUGAUUACUCACAGCAACAAAACUUUACAAUGCGUGCAGUACUGAUGUGGACAAUCAGUGAUUUUCCUGCGUAUGGAAUGCUAUCAGGUUGGACAACACAUGGCAGGUUAUCUUGUCCUUAUUGCAUGCAUCAGACGGAUGCGUUUCAACUUAAGCACGGUCGCAAGACAAGUUGGUUCGAUUGUCAUCGUCGGUUUCUUCCAGUAAGCCAUCCGUAUCGAAAGAACAAAAAGCUUUUUACGAGGAACAAAGUGAUCCGUGCACCUCCACCUGUAUAUUUCUCCGGGGAAUACUUGGCUGAGCAACUAGAUUAUUGGGGUGCUCAAGAAACGGCUAAAUGUGGGGGAAAUUGGCAUAUUCCCGCAAAUAUGCCAGAUGGAUAUCUGGUUGAUCACAAUUGGCAUAAGAAGAGCAUAUUUUGGCAACUCCCGUAUUGGAAGGAUCUUCUUUUGAGGCACAAUCUUGAUGUGAUGCAUAUCGAGAAAUUCUUUUUUGAUAACCUCAUGUAUACACUUUUGAACGUGCAGGGACGAAGUAAAGACAACUUAAAAACCAGAUUAGAUUUGCCUGAUAUAUGUUCACGACCUGAGUUGCAUCUUACAAGAGAUGGGAAGGUUCCAGUUCCAAUUUUCAGAUUAUCUGCGGUUGCAAAGUCAACACUUUUUGAGUGGGUUAAGUCGGAUGUUACAUUCCCAGAUGGUUAUGUUUCUAAACUUUCGAGAACUGCCGAGCAAGGGCAAAAGUUUUCAGGGAUGAAGAGUCAUGAUUGUCAUGUCUUUAUGCAACGUCUAUUGCCAUUUGCAAUGGCAGAGCUAUUACCUCGGAAUGUUCAUGAGGCAAUUGCAGGUACACAUGACACUAUAAUUCAACCAAACUAA